AUGGAUCUCAUUAAUAGUAGCUCAGAUUCUAACUCAUCAUCAGAAGAUAGUUUUGAUGAAGAGCUGCUGUUAUUGGAUGAUGAGCAGGAACGUAUAGAAGUGCACAAAGUAAAAAAUUUUUGUGAUACAAUUUUUGGAAUGCAUGAUAAAACAUUUAAAUCACAUUUUCGUCUCACAAGAGGUUCUUUUGAGGUUGUCAGAAGUGCAGUUGGUCCUAUGCUUGAAUCUAAUUAUAAUAAUGGAGGUCAUCCUAAUGUAUCUUUGGAAAAAGCAAUAUUAUCAACUCUGUGGUUACUGGCAAAUCAAGAUUCUUUUCGGGAAGUUAGCAAUCUAUUUAACUUAAGCCCAAGUACUGUACAUAAAGUAUUUUAUGAUGUAUGCAAUGCUUUGUGUAAUAUGAUAAAUGAACAUUUAUACUGGCCAAAUCAGACAGAGUUCCAAAAUAUAAGGCAAGAGUUUAACGAGCUCAGAGGACCAAAUGAUUUCCCAGACGUGGUAUGUACAGUUGAUGGAAUGCAUAUAGAAAUUCCAGCUCCGAGAAUUGAUGCUAUGAGUUAUUAUAAUCGAAAAGGAUUCCAUUCGAUUAUUUUAUAUUAUUGCAUCCAACUGAAUUCGCUAUAA